AUGGUGUUGCGCGUAGACAGAACCAUGGUUUAUCAAGAAUGUCUUUCUGUAUCACUUGCUUGCCCGGUCGAGCAGACUAUCUACGGAUACUACCCCUCCCUGGGGCUCAAUGCAUUUUUCGUAGCAAUAUUUGCUCUUCUCGCAUUGAUACAAACGGGGCUAGGGAUAUAUUAUAAGACAUACUUCUUCGGCUCAUUGGUUGUCGCAGGCUGCAUAGCGGAGGUUAUAGGAUAUGGUGGACGAAUUAUGCUCAACGACAAUCCAUACUCUGGACUCGGGUUCAACAUACAAAUCUCCUGCCUCAUAUUCGCUCCAAGCUUUACUGCGGCUGCGAUUUAUGUCGUCUUUAAAAGUGUUGUUAGGACUUUUGGGGUUGCGAAAUCGAGAAUUCCACCCAAUUGGUACUUGAUCAUCUUCAUGGUGUGCGAUGUCAUCGCUCUAACUUUACAAGGCACUGGUGGUGGACUAGCGGGGAGCGCCAAUGACGACCAAAAGCAGCUCGACGCAGGAACCGAUGUUAUGUUGGCUGGCAUCAUCUUCCAGGUGAUUACCAUGCUGGUAUUCAUCGUGCUAGUUAUCGACUACGCGACACGAACAAUACGAUCAUGGGACCAAGUCUCAGAAGAAGCGCAAUUACUCAGCAGACUGUUGUUGACCCGAUUAUUCCUCUGCGCUAUGAUUAUAGCUAUCCUUACUGUGUUCACGCGGUGUAUAUACAGAAUUGCUGAGAUGGCUGGCGGAUGGGCAAAUCCAAUUAUGAGGGACGAGAUAGGUUUUACCAUCAUGGAGGGAAUAAUGAUUGUCAUCGCUGUUCUUGCAAUGACUAUAUGCCAUCCUGGCUACUGUUUCCCUGCAGUUGGGGGAAGACAACUUUCGAAAAAUGGUCAUCAGAAUAACCAACCGAUCGAGCGGGUUGAGCAAACAUAUGAGGUUGAUCAUAUGUCUAAGGAAAGGAAGACCUCAGCGCAUUAA